AUGUGGGAUUGGCAAAGCUUUUUUGUGAAAAUCGGUAUCCCAUCAAGUAUAUCAUCUCGCUAUGCCGAAAUAUUCAGGCAAAAUAGAGUCUCAAAAGAUAUGCUUCCCGAUCUUGACAAAGCUACAUUAGCUGACUUGGGAGUGACAGCAGUUGGAGACCAGGUGAGCUUGACUCGAUUCCUGGCGAUCUUGAGGCAUGCAAAAGAUGAAACGUACGAAACAGAAAUUGAUUCUCCAGCAAAACUUCGCGUACACAUUCCGGGACCAGGGGCUGAGAAGGCGUCAAAUGGAUCUUCAAGCAGUGAACAACGCAAAGGUCGACUUCCACCAGAUCGACAUGAGAUCUAUCACAUCAAAAUGCCAGAGGGUAAUACCGCUCGUACGAAGCAAAUCAUGCAAAACGCAAGCAUGAUGCGAAAGCAUGGACUGGCUGUGCGUGGUACAACCGGUGUGAGGCAGGGUGGUAGAUCUGUCAGCCCAGUUGAUAAAAGAAGUGCGGCUGUGAUCCGAAUGCGUCAGGAACGUAAGUCAAACUUGUCAAAUAUCAUCUUGUACCUUCUUUUUCUCCCCAUGCUCAUAGACCUGCUCCUUGUGGAGAGAGACCAUGUAGGAUCAUUGCAGUAUACUUUUUCCAUGCUAGAAAAGCUUUUAUCUGCGACAUCGUCGAUUUCUAUUCCUUCAUUCUGUCUGUAG